AUGAGCGCCGCGGGCCCCGGGCCCGGCCCCGGCCCCGACCCCGGCCCGCAGGAGGGGGGACCCGGGCACGGCCCCGGGCACGGCCCCGGCACGGCCCGGCCGGACAGCCCGCAGGAGGAGUUCGACUUCUCCAUCCUCUUCGACUACGACUACCUGAAGGCGAUGGAAGAAGAACCGACUCCACAUAAAACCAACAGCCCACCCUCUGGAGUUACAUACGCUCAUGAUGUCUUGGACUGUGGCCUCAAGCCAUGCCCCCUGCCUUUUUCUAGCCUUUCUGCAGAUCCCAUGGGCAGAUAUGGACAGCCAGAUAGCAUAGGGCCAACACCUACACACCCUGCCAGCGCUGCAGGGGCCUCUGCUCCGAGCCCUAGGAUUGAAAUAACUCCAUAUCAUGAACUGAUUCACUCGGGGGGGCCCUUCCGCGGCAGAGACACAGAUGUUCUUUUGGUAGAACAUCAGUCAAACUCAGCCACCACUAGCCCGAGGGUUACCCUGCCUGUCCCUGGCUUUGAGGGCUACAGAGAACCACUGUGUCUGAGCCCAGCUAGUAGCGGCUCCUCUGCAAGUUUCAUUUCAGAGACAAAUGUAUCUCCUUGCACAUCACCAUGUGUUUCACCAAAUAAUGGUCCUAGUGAUGACCUUUGUCCACAGUUUCAAAACAUCCAUACUCAUUAUUCUCCUAGAACCUCUCCAAUAAUGUCACCACGAACAAGCACCACGGAGGAAGCCUGCUUGGGACGCCAUUCACCAUCACCCUGUCCCAACUCAAGGUCUUCAUCACCAGGUGCAAAACGGAGGUACUCUUGCACUGAGCUCUACAGCACUCAGCUGCCUUCCACCUCUCCUCGGCACUCACGGACCCCCUCUCCACAGCCCUCUCCUUGCAUCCCCCCGAGAGAAGACACCUCUGCAGUUACUUACACGCAGUUGGCCAGCGCUCCCCUUCCCAUGGAUGCUAUGAGCAGCCUUCCUACGGAUCCUUCCUGCGGUGUCCCCACGAAAAUCUGGAAAACCAGCCCCGAUCCUUCGUCCAUGUCUUCCCACAAAAACAGCAUUCCGUGUCACGUCUUUCAGACCGUUGACUUCCACGGGCCUUGUGAGCAGGAGGACAGGAGAAACUCAGCCCCAGAAUCCAUUCUGUUGGUUCCUCCAUCCUGGACAAAGCAGCUGGUGCCCGCAAUACCGAUCUGCAGCUUGCCUGUGCAGUCUCUCCCACCCCUGGAGUGGCCCCUGUCCAGCCAGUCUGGCUCGUACGAGCUGCGGAUCGAGGUGCAGCCCAAGCCCCACCACCGCGCGCACUACGAGACCGAGGGCAGCCGCGGCGCCGUCAAGGCUCCCACCGGGGGCCACCCCGUGGUCCAGCUGCACGGGUACAUGGAGAACAAACCCCUGGGGCUGCAGAUCUUCAUUGGCACGGCGGACGAGCGCAUCCUGAAGCCCCACGCCUUCUACCAGGUCCAUCGCAUCACGGGCAAAACCGUCACCACCACCAGCUACGAGAAGAUCAUUGGCAACACCAAAGUCUUGGAGAUCCCCCUGGAACCCAAAAACAACAUGAAAGCAACCAUCGACUGCGCCGGGAUCCUGAAGCUGCGCAACGCCGACAUCGAGCUGCGCAAGGGCGAGACCGACAUCGGCCGCAAGAACACGCGCGUGCGCCUCGUGUUCCGCGUGCACAUCCCCGAGCCCAGCGGCAGGAUCGUGUCCCUGCAGGCCGCCUCCAACCCCAUCGAGUGCUCCCAAAGGUCUGCUCAUGAGCUUCCAAUGGUUGAAAGACAAGACAUUGACAGCUGCCUGGUUUAUGGAGGACAGCAGAUGAUCCUCACCGGACAGAAUUUCACAGCAGAGUCCAAGGUGGUGUUCACAGAAAAAACGUCAGAUGGGCAGCAGAUCUGGGAAAUGGAGGCAACGGUGGACAAAGAUAAGAGCCAGCCUAGCAUGCUUUUUGUGGAAAUACCCGAGUACAGGAACAAGCACAUCCGCACAGCCGUGAAGGUGAACUUCUAUGUCAUCAAUGGCAAGAGAAAAAGGAGCCAACCCCAGCAUUUCACCUACCACCCAGUACCAUCAAUCAAAACAGAGCCCAUUGAUGACUAUGAUCCAGCCCUAAUCUGCAAUCCAGUGCACAGUGCUCUGGGGACAGUAACACAGCCUUACUAUUCACAGCACACAAUGGCCACCGAGUCCCCUUCCUGCCUCGUGGCCACCAUGGCUCCUUGCCAGCAGCUGCGCUCAGGCCUCUCCUCUCCCGACUCGCGGUACCACCAGCAGAACCCAGCUGUGAUUUACCAAAGGAGCAAGAGCCUGAGCCCCAGCCAGCUGGGCUACCAGCAGCCCAACAUGAUGGCCACGCCGGUUGCCAUCGCAGAUGCCCACAGGUCCGUGCUGGUGCACGCCGGCUCUCCGGCCCAGGCGCCGGCCGUGCUGCACCCCUCCCCGGGCCACCAGCAGUCCUCUCCCGUCAUCCACUACUCUCCAACCAACCAGCAGCUGAGGUGUGGGAGCCACCAGGAGUUCCAGCACAUCAUGUGCUGUGAGAAUUUCACGCCCAACGUGUCGAGACCCAGCCAGCCCCAGGCCGGCCAGGCGCAGAGGCUCAGCCCCAGCUCGUACCCCACGGUGAUCCAGCAGCAGGCGGCCCCGGGCCAGCGGGCAGCCAAGAAUGGGCCACCAGGGAGCGAGCAGAAGGACGUGCUGCCAGCAGGAGUGACCAUCAAGCAGGAGCAGAACCUGGACCAGGCGUACCUGGACGACGUUAACGAAAUUAUCAGGAAGGAAUUUUCUGGACUCCCUGCCAGAAGUCAGACAUAGAAGAAGAGAUUUGUGAGACAACUUUUACCGAAUCCUUCCAUAAGUGACCUCUUAGAUCCUUCCAGUGCCCCUGCAACCUCCGGCUUCCUUUGCAGUUCAUCUCCAGGCAGAGACUCAGCGCAAGGAACAAUGAAUUGGCACCGAGCGACAGCCUUGGCUGAGCAAGUGGCCACCUCUGUCUGUAAACACCACGAAGGACACCCUUCCUUCCAUCCAGAGAUCACAUUGUUCUCCUGGAACAGAGCAUCUGUCUGAGGAAACACUUCAAGCCUGCUGCACACCAUCUGUCUGUGCGUCCAUCCAUCGGGACAGGAGCCGUCCCCUGGGCAGGGCUCGGAGCCCGGGGUGGGCGCUGGGGGGUGGGAAAGGGGAACAAAGAGUAAUAUAUUCCACGGAGGAGUAACACCCUCCUGCAGGCCGCUGGCAAGGAUUUGCCCUCCAGCCUUCAAAGCCCUCCUGAGAAAUGUUAUUUUUGUAGGGGGCUGAGGCAGCCCGAGCUCGCUCAGCCUUCAUCCAGUCUGGGGUCAAAAGCCGGUUUGCUCUGAGCGCUGGGGUUGGUGUUUCAGACAGGAGGUGUCAGCUGGAUCCAGGAGUUCGCUUCGUUUUUCUCCUCAGCCUGGAUAGGAAUUUGAGGGAGAGGGAUUCUCAUGACCAACCAGUGAAAAGAGCAAUUCAGCAGUUGCAACGCCUGUCCCGAGGUAAAAUAAACCCAGGUAAAACAGAGAUUAAUAUAUAGGAGUCACAGUAAAUCCAAAGAAUCUAUGGUUGAUCCUUAUUAGUAUUUAGGCAGGGUAUGAACACAUCUUAGAUAUUUUCUCUCUAACAGAUUGUUGCUGUUUCUUUUCAUGUAGAACCUGCUCUUGGCUCAUAACUUGUCUCAUUUAGCAGCUGGAACAUUUACUCACCCAAGCUGCAGAGGAAAAUAAUUGCAUCUUACAGAAGCCGUACAUUCCAGAGAAAAUAUACAUUUAUUUAUAUUCACCUGGCCUCUUUAGCUUUGCAAAGCUACCAGCAGCUCCUGGAAAGGUUAAAUUUCCAUGGGAGUUAGUAUUUUGUUAUGUUUUGCUUCGUGUGUUAGAAUAUCCUGUCCUGACUCCUGCUUAGCACAUUCCAGGUAACCACUGCCACCUGCAGUUUACAGCUACAAGUUAAAAUAUUUAGGGGAGUCAGGGCCUCCUCAGUGGGGUAAAAAAGCUUUCCUGAGUGGGAAAUCAGUGUACAGUAAGAGAUAACCAUGAUAUUUUAGGAAUUGCAUAGUAACCUUUCCUGGCAUUAUAAAUAAGGAGUGCUGAUAUUUUCGGGAAUGCGGAGCUCGGCUCUCAAAAGCACAGUGGAACUAAUCCCAGUUUUCAGCUGUGUCACAGUAAACUUUGCAGAGUGCCAGCGUUGUCCAGUGCUCACAGCAGGAACUGGGGAGUGGGAAUCCAGCAGAGCAGCCUCAAAACUGGUUCCCCAAGAAAGAUUUUGCACAAUCGCUGCAGAGGGUGUGCUUGGUCCAACAAAAAUCUCUUUGGCUCAAUCAGGAAGAAUAUAUUUUCCACCACUAGAAAAUGGUGCUUAAACUCUGCAAGGUCUUGGGGUUUAGAGUGGGAGACAGAAGCAUUAAGUUCAGAACACCUGACCUGGGGCUCAGCUAAAAUUUGGCUCUUGAACAGAAAUCUGAGCUUCCCAAGAGCAGCUGUGAGCUCCAGAUCCACCCAGCUCAGACCCAGACGCAGCGCAGAGCCCUGCCCAUCCCACCCUGGCAUUGCUGGCACGCCCUGGCUUCGCUCUGUGCUUUGGGAGAUCCCCAUCUUUCACCCCAAAAGGAGUUUCCCCUUUAUCCCGACGCCCAGAACUCCUGGGGAGCGUCCCUCUGGUGCUCUCCCUGUGAGCCCUGCCCUGCAGGUGCCGUGGCCAAGCCUCAGCCUGGACCUGCAGAGGUGAAAACAGCUUUUAUUUAGUUGCUGACUCGGACAGAACCAGAACGGAGGCCCAGCCCUGCUGAAGAGGGGAAUUCCUGUUAGCACUCAGCAGGAUUCUGACUGGCUCACACGCCUCCAAAAGCUGCUUUGGAUUGUUAUGAACUGUCAGUGGGCCAGAAUCUGACACAUAUUGAGGGGGUUUUAGUGCAGUCUGGUGAAUUAAGACAAUUCUGACAUAUUUUAAAGGCCAAAAGUUGCCUGUCAGAAGUUCUUUGCUAUAGCUGAGGAAAAGAGCAGACCAAAUGCAUCUCCCAGUUUCACACUUGGAUGUAACAAAGGUUUUCCAUGAUCCAACCUGUAAAGUAUAAGAGAAAUUUAAAAAACAACCCAAAAACCCCAUCCACAGGAAAAAAAAAAAAAAAUCCUCAUAUUACUGGCAACGCCUUCCCUCUUGCUGGAUUUUAAAUAGAAGCUCAGAGAAGCCCAGGAAGGUCUUUUCAUAUCCAUGAUGUGCUGCUGCUGCCCUGGUGAUUGUCUGCAGCAACUACUCAUCAAUUUAGGAGAAUAAUUCUUUUCAUAUUUAUUUUUAGAUAAUACCAGUUUAGAAAAGGGGGUAGAGGGAAUAAAAUCUAGUGCUGGAUCUGAGCAAAGGAAAAGGUCAGUGUUCAAGUUCUGCCUUCUGGAUCGUAGAUUCCAAAAUGUCCUUUAAAAAAUGAAGCCCCAAAAGGAAGGAGUAGCUGAAACCUUGGAUUUGGACUUGGAGCUGUUCAGUGAGGAACCUCUGCAACCAAAAUACACGAGAUUUCCACUGUGCUUCUGUGUUCUUCAGGCACUUUGAUGUAGAGGGGGAGAGGGUUGGGUUUUGAUUUAUUUUGGGGGCUUGUUUUUUGGUGUUUUUCCUGGGGUUUUUGGGGUGUUUUUUUGUUUUGGUUUUUUUUUUUUUUGUGGGUUUGUUUUUUGUGGUUUUUUUUUUUUUUUUUCUUUUUUGGUUGUUUGGUUGUUUGGGGGGGUUUAGGGUUUGGGGGGGGUUGGUUGGGGUUUUUUUAGUUUUUUGGGGGCUGAUUUUUUUUUUGUUUGGUUUUUUGGGCAGGAGGGGGAAGGGGUUUUUUAUGUGCUACAGGUGCUCAGCCACGCUUGCAUUGACUGCAUUCCUUCCUCAUCUUUAAUGCACAGGUAUUAAUCUGUGCACAUAUACAGUGUACAAUGUAAUUUAUAUAACGCACCCACACAGAGAGGGACGACUCCCAAGGGCUGGCAGGGACAGGACAAGGGGGGGAUGGCUUCAAAGUAGCUUUAAAUCAGAAAUUAGGAUAAAAAUCCUCCCUGGGAGGGUGGGCAGGCCCUGGGAUGGAAUUCCCAGAGCAGCUGUGGCUGUUCUGGAUCCCUGGCAGUGCCCAAGGCCAGGAGGGACACUGGAGCAGCCUGGGACGGUGGAAGGUGUCCCUGCCAUGGCAGGGGUGAUGUUGGAGCUCCCUGCCAGCCCAGGCCAUGCCCUGCUCUCUGUGGGUGCUUUAUUUUAUUUUAUUUUAUCCGUGGUUAGAAAUGAACCCCCCGUGCACGGCUGGGCCCCUCCCGUGCUGCCUCCCAGCACCUGAGCAGCUCAGUGCGGAGGCUUCACCCCAUGUAUUCUGCCUUUUUGGGGUUCAGCCACAGCUGCAGGAGCUCAGGCUGUGCUGCCCCAUCUGCUUUUCCGUGCAACAGUAGUUAAAUAAUUCAGCUUCAACCAUCUUUGUAUUUAUUUCUGGAGAAAAGGAGCAUCCUCAGACGUAGUCUCUUUAAAAGGGAAACUGGUAUGUUAAAAUUAUAUAGCUAGGCUGAAGAAUUUCAAUAUAUACAGCACUAAAUUAUUUCCUGUUCUUGCUGAGCUGUGUUUUUCCAGUAUUAGUAUUUCUGUUACUUAAUACAGCUUCCUCUCUGUAGAAGCACGAGCUUAACCUUGGAAGAGUUAAUAGCAUUUUGUGAGCAAUUUGUUCUCACUUUAUCUGGAAGAUAGCCAUAUUUGCACAUGAGGAAAUUCUGUCUUUCCUCAGUUAUCUGAAUGUUUCACCACAGUGCCUUCCUGCCAUUGUACCAAAGGCCUACAAAUAUCUUGUCUGCAGGGUGAACAACUCUAAUGCAUUUUCCAUCAAAGCUGCGCCAUGUGAAGUUCAUGGAGCACGUUGGAACUCAAAAGUUCAUCUCUUUUCGUUUGUCCUGUGAGUGUCUGUGUGGUUUUUCUUUUUCAACUUCCAUUUUUCCAUCCGAGCUUUGGCUGCGAACACAGGAUGAGCUUCUAUAAACUUCUGCAUCAAAUAUACGUAGAAUAAAAACCAUCAUUCGUGAUAUGUAAACAGUCUGAGAGUGGAAUGGGAGUGGGCAGAUAUCAGGAAGGGGUUUUUUUAUUUUUUUUUUGUCAGUUAUGAGUGUUGGAAGUCGAGUUUGCCAGGAGAGGAAUUGCUUGUGAAGAUACUCGCAAUGAAACACCGAGUCCUGGUUUUGUUUUUCUCCAUGAGAAUGAGCAAAAUGUAAGAUCUGAGCAACAGCAGCGGAGUGAAAGUGUCUCAUGUAUGUUGUUUUUACUGGGAGAAAGAAUGUAGAAGAGUCAUGGGUUUUGCACUUGCUUUAUUUGUAUCCAUGUAAAUAUGUAUCCCUCCAUUCCCCCCGUAGGAAUACAGCGUUUCCGGAAUGUAGAGGAUUUCCAAAACCAGCACUAUGUUAUUCUCUAUUGUAUAAAAAGCUGCUGCUUCGUAACAUAUCUAAACCGGUUCUCAAAGUAGCUAGCAUGGGUUUUCUUAAAGUGUAUUUUGUAAUCCAUAUCUUUACAACAAAAGUGCCUGUGCUUUCUGUCUGACCAAAUAUGCAACAACUUUUGGUUUACGGUUUAUAUUUAUAAAGGAUCAGUUUUCAUUUUCUGAAUGCCUUACUUUUCUAUGCAAUUGCUGUUGAAUUGUUGUUGUCCUAAAAAAAAAAAAAAAAAAAAAAAGAUGUAUUUGAUAAAUUUCCCAAAGACUUCAAAGACAGCUUUAAACGCUCAAGAAAUAUGUUUCUAAAUAUUUCAAUCUGACUUUUUUCCCCUGCAUUUCUUUCCAAAUUGCUACUUAAUAGGGAACAAUGAUCUGCCAGAUGGGACUCAAGAAAAUGACUUGUCUUAAUUUCAAAUCUUAAACUGAUUCAGAUCCUCAUCAUUUUUGCACCACUCCAGAUCAUCUGGUGUUCCAGUUUAGCCGCAAUUCUGAGUGUUUGUUAUUUAUGUUCCACGUUCCUGUGCAAUAGGAAGAGGUGCCGCUGCUGGGUCUCGAUGGGGCGAAUUGGCAGAUUCUCCAGAAAUCAGCCCUUUUCCUCAUCAUUUACAGUGCAGCGGUUCCUCACCUGUGAGGCGACACUGCCAUCGCACGUGGAAGGCUGUAAUUCCUUAUUCAUCUCAGUUCGGAACGAAUAACCCACCUUUGGAACGUUUGACGUCAGAUUGGCACCUGUAUCUUUAAUAUCUGCUGCCCUGUACCUGCAGGGCUCCCGGCUGAUCCCAGCUUCUCCAGCUAGCAGCCAGUGUCGGACCCACUCCGGCCUCUUUAGGGUUUGUUUAGCCACUUUCAUGGUUUCAGGGGUACAAAAAUAUCAAUUAGUGCCUGCACAUCGCAGUAAACUUCACCUGAAGGUGCUGUAAAAGGUGAUCUGGAAUGCAAAGAGUUACCGGGGUGGGGGGGUUGAGUUUCCUUCCAUAACUCAUAAAAUAGCAGCAUUGGGCAGACAGCUCCAGCAGGACUGAGUCGCAGAAGUGAGUGAUGUUUGUGAAACCCAGCGGUGCCCAGGUGUGCUGCUGGAAGCUGCAGCUGCAGCACGAUGGGCCCUGCUCUGCUGCGUGGUGGCACCUGGGCACGGGGGAUCUGAGCAGUGCUGGCACUCACAUUUCUGUCUGAGCGUGUAAUUAUCGAGGGAUUCUCCCCAAAGCCCAGCCCUCCCUGCCCUGGGUGUUCAGGUAAAGCCGUAUUUUAACAGACACACGAGUGAGCGCUCGUCACUCACACCAUCCUAACAGAUGUCUUUUGAAUCAAAUUGCUUCUUCAGAAACCUCUCCCAGUUGAAAAGGGGUUUAUAUCAUCCACAUUCCUGCAACAACGUUGUUAACCUCCAAUGUAAUGAUUUUUUUGCUAUCUGUAAAGUAUUUUUAUAUAU